AUGCCCAAGCCGACGGACUUGUCUCAGAGCCAGGUCGCGCUAUCUAAUGUAAGCAUGAGACGCGACGAGUCGUCGUCGUCGCUCCACUCGCACUCCAGCAACCUCGGAACAGGCAGCGGAAGCCAUGUGCUGGCUAAGCUUUUCCGGAAGGGCUCUGAUCGGUCGAGCCCAAACGCGUCUAGCCGCGCCGCGUCCAUGAACAAUACCCCGUCGGCGUCCCUGACGCCUACGUCGUCCAACCUCACUCCGCGGGUCAGCAACAGCAGCAACGCUUCCACCGCGGGGAGCACCGACUCGUCGUCGCUGCGACACCUGUCGCUCAAGCGGUUUCUGAAGCCGAUCCACCGCUCGGCCAAGGCCAAGGAGCAGCAGGAGCACCUGCACCAGGUGAUCCACCACAAGCUCAACAAGCUCAAGAUCGGCAACCACCACCACCACCACCACAAGGACCAGCCAAAGACAGAGCCGGUGCUGCCGCCCCAGCCGGACGGACGACAGGAGGGCGUGGCCGUGCGCAAGCUGGUGGCGCAGUACGGCGAGAUCCCGGACGCUGCCGUCGAGAAGAGCGUGCUGGGCGAAGGAGCAGGCGGCUCGGUCCUGAUUGUGCGCCGGCCCUCUGACGGACAGGUGUUUGCGAUCAAGAAGUUCCGGCCGCAGACGUCGCGCGAGUCGGACUACGACUACCGAAAGAAGGUGAUCAACGAGUACAACCUGCUCGUGGACCUGGACCACGAGAACAUCAUCCGUGUCUACGAGCUGCUCAACGAGCACACGCUCUACGUGAUGGUGAUGGAGUACUGCAAGUACGAUUUCUUCACCAUUGUCAUGGGCGGAGUGAUGUCGAAAGACGAGAUAUACUGCUACUUCAAGCAGAUGGCCGAGGGUGUGCUCUAUAUACACAGCCAGGGAAUUGCUCAUCGCGACCUGAAGCUGGACAACUGCGUGGUGAGCGAGGCGGGGAUACUGAAGCUGAUCGACUUUGGCUCGGCCGCAAGGUUCAGAAUGCCCGACGGCGACCCGGACCAGACCAUCAUCCCGGUUCGGGGCAUCGUCGGGUCAGACCCGUACCUGGCUCCCGAGUGUCUGUCGCUGGGGUCGUACGACCCGCGGCCGGCCGACGUGUGGUCGUUGGCCAUUAUGUUCUGCUGCAUGGUGCUGAGACGGUUCCCCUGGAAGAUUCCCAAGACGACAGACUCGUCGUACCGGGCAUUUAUGGGCGAGCCAGGCGACGACGGCAAGGCUUCGUCGGGCUCGGGCCGGCUUUUGAAGCUGCUGCCGGCUGCGUCGCGGCCGCUGAUUGGCGGGAUGCUCACGGUGGCCGUCGACAAACGGACAACCAUGGACCAGCUGCAGCAGGAUACGUUUUUCUACGGAAUUGACUGGUGUCACGGUUCUAUCAAGGGCGACCAUACACAUCAUCUGAUCACAGAGACGGACCUGGAGAAGAUCGAGGCCGAGCGCAAAAAACAGAGCGAGAUGGCCAAGAAGCUGGGCUGA